UUAGAUCUAAAUUUGGUUAGAAACUAAAUUUCGAUGCUCUCUUAUUGAUUUAAGGAAGAAUGUCAAACCUAGUAAGUACUUAGGUACUUUUUUGUUUUCAAAUAUAACCCACACAUUAAAAUUUUACAAGUUAACUUCUGAGAUUUAUGUAUUCAGAUGUUUAACACUGGCGAUUAAGAAAAAAAAUAGUUCUCUAGUUGGUCAGGAUAUUCUUAUUUUAAAAUGUAAAAGCAAUUAUUUGAAAUUGAAUUGUCAGUUGUAUAAACGACAAUGGAGGAAUACUAACUUUCGGGUUACAAAAUAAAAUUAUCAGUGUUAACAGUUAUGAAUUUUACGUAGGACCGACCGACAGCUGUUAAUUAUAGUCAUGGAGCAAAUGUACCUGAUAGAGAUAUUCAUAGACAAAGUGACGAUAUUUGUAUCUGAAGAAGAUGAGAAAAGCGGAGCUAAUAAAAACUUAAUUAUUAAAAUUAGAUUCGGCCCCAAAGCCCAGUUUAUUAUUAAAGAAGGCCAGUUAGCAUUGAAUGAGGACAAGAAAGACGAUAUUGUAGAAUGCGAUGACCUUGGUCGAAGAAAAUGGACAAGGACUAUAAGAGUGGGUAAAUCUUAUUUGUUUCCAUCGUACCCAGAUACAGUCCUUAUGAUAUUGAGUAAGUUUCCACUUGAAAUUGAAGUAUGGAAUGAUGAUCAAAAUGAAGUAGAAAUAUUCGUUGGCAUAGGUACAAUGCAUUGGGAAACGGAAUUCUACCAUAUGCUGAAAGAUACUACUGAUGUUUGCAAACCUCAUGAACCUCUAUCUAUUAAGCAGCAUACACCAUUAUUCGCAGAAUGCUGUUGCAAGCAAGUUGGUGAGAUAGGAUUUAUUCUUAGACUAAGCGCUCUUGGAGAUACUAUUAUCACAGAGUUUCAACAACUUAUGAAAGAUCCUGAUACAUUUGUUUUUAGAACGAAUAAAGCUCCAAGCAUGUUUCAAUGUAAGAGGAUUGAGGGUGAUAACCCUAAUUUCUGCAUGGUCGGAAGUCUGUAUGAGACUACUACUCUAGAGGAUCCAUCUGUGCUCAAUAAUGCACAAAAAAAAAUAGAAGUAUGUACUGAGCUUCAAAGUUGUGGCAUGGAACAAAAGAAGGCUGAUUAUAGCUAUGAACAUGGUAAAGAGAUAACAAAGAAAAAAUAUCCAAUUAAUAAAAUUCGGAUGGGUGAUAUUACUGGUCCUUGUGGUAAUGCCAAUUGUCCUUUAGCGCAUAAAGUGAGAACAUACAUAAGAAAUUUAGAAGCUUAUAAACAAGAGGCAGCUGGUAAAGUAAGUGGUAAUAAAGACGACACCACAAGAAAAAUUUGUGGUGCUUGUAAUUGCAAAGAUGAUCGCUGGCAUCGCGAAAACUGUCCAAAUAAAGAUAUAAAAACAGAGACAAAAGCUUUGUGUACAGGUUGCAGUGGAGUUGCUAAUACUGGUGACACCUGUGAAGAUAAAAAGAAAAAUAUGUACGGCACUGGUGCAACACCAACAGCCAGUAAAACACAAGUAAAUUAUGUAUUCAGUAUCAAUAAAGUUCCAGAUUUAAAAGAAUCAAUAUUUGGAAAAGAUUUUAUUGUAGAAAAUUUUCAUACUAAUUAUAACUUUCAAUCUCAACCUCAUACUUGUCAAUCUUUAACUAAUCUGAAUAUUAUCAAUUGCUGUUGCCGAAAAUCUGAAGUAUUGUUAAAGAAUGUAUCUGGUACUGUUGGCAUCAGUAAACCCAAAAAUAAAGUUUCAUCAUGCAGCUUAGGAAGAAAUAACGAGAUAGUUUACAAUAUAGAAUUAAAGGAUUCGCUACGUAAGCUCGCUGUAUAUAAUUGCACAGUAAUACCCGACGAGAAGGAUUGUAAAUGUAAUCCACCCAAACCACCACCCCCUUGUAAAACAUUUGAUUGUGAAUGUGUUGCUGAGACAUCAAAUAUAGCAUCGAGGAAAGCUCACAAACCUUAUUGCCCUUCUUAUAAGCAUAAGACUAGUUGUCCUGUCACAAUGUUGCAUGAAGAAGAUGAUAAAAAGAAGUUGGAUGAUGAGGAAGAUGAAGUUGAACCUCUGCCGUACGGUUUGCCACCUAUAAAACUUGGCCCGUGUCCAGUAAUGGGUAGACCAUGCACAGUACCUGAUGGGUUUGCAAGAAUGUACAAAACCGCAGCACUAGCUACUCCACCGCCUAGUUAUAAUGACGCAGGUAAAAUAUGUUGCUCUAAAGAAUAUGAAAGAAUAAAGAAAGCUAUAAAGGACUAUCUUAAGUACGAGAAAGAUCACGAUUAUCGCUGUAUAAAUAAAUUUAAUGUCGACACCGAAAGACGGUGCUGUGAUAAAGAGCAGCAACUUCUAUCUCUAAUGGGCAAAGCAUGCUGUGGAUCUCACAAGAUGUCCAUCCAAGAGAAGUUCAAAGAAGAUAAAAAGUGACGUUUUGCAUAUAAUCAUUGAUAUUUUAUUUUGUAACCCUCUAGUGUAUAACAUCAUAAUUAACAUCUAAUUAA